AUCAUUAUCAAUUUAUUAAAUAUUAAUUAAUUGUUCACUGAAAAAAAACGAAAUGAAAUUCUUGCAUAUUUUAACUUUAUUGUUGGUGGCUUUAGUGGCUUAUACCUCGGCCCAAAGAUGUGUGGGUAGACCACGUAAUCCUUCUUGUACUGGCGCUCGCAAUUUGGGUCGCCGUGGACGCGGCUGCACUCCUCGCACUAUGUGGCAUUGGGAUGCUCGUUCUCGUCAAUGUCGUGAAAUGCGUUACUUGGGUUGUGGUGGCAACAACAAUCGUUGGUGCACUCGCGCUGCCUGUGAACAGAGAUGUCGUCGUUAAGCUGUAGUCUCAUUUGAAUGUUUUAACUUUUUAGAUUUUAAUGAAAUAAAAUUAAAUUUGCAAAUACA